AUGGCGAGACUCACUGACGAUGCCGGCGAAACGUUUGGGAAUGUACCACGUCCACGGUCCGACCUUGGAAACGGUGAUGCAGACUAUGGACUCCGGACAAGCUGCGUUACUCUAAGUCUUCCUACCAACAUGACCAAGUUGCGAAAACAGGGUCAAAACAACGAAAAGCCACACCAUCUUGGUCUUCAUACCAAAGGAUGCAUAAGUUGGCCUCACCGGAAGCCGAAGUGGGGCCGACUUGAGUCUGAGACUGUCGAUUUGUGCGAAUAA